CACCAGACACUGGCACAUGAUAUAACCUCACUUACUCAUGGGGAAAGGAAAACGUUUGGCCGUCGAUGAACUUACGUUGACAUUGGCAUAUUAUUUUUCAAUUUGCUGAAUGAAGCAGCAGUAGUUUCUAUAAUAUUUCUGUAUUCUGGUAUUAGGAAUGGCUGCAUCAAUAGAUCAGCUUGUUGCGUCAUUAGAUACCCAAUGCGAUGUUGCUUCAAAUCCUUUUGACCCAAACCGUCCACAUCCACGGCUUUCAGAAUUCGCUUAUUUUAGAGAACCAGCUAGUUUAAUGGGUGAUCAAGAAAAAAGGAGAACUGAAUUUCUGGAAAGGCAGAAAAGCAAACGUGAGAAACUAGUCAAUCUACAGCGUCGACUUCUCAAUGAACCUGGGGAAGUCCUCAAUAAUCAAGAUUCAGAAGACAAUUUGUCCCCGGAUAAAAAGGAAACAAAGUCGACCGGAACAGAGCAGAGAAAUUGGACAUUUACUAAUCAACUAAUGUUGUCUGAGUGGUUGGUUGAUAUUCCACCUGAUUUAGAGGAUAAUUGGCUUAUCAAGCCAUGCCCCAAAGGACGUCGAAUGAUGGUUGUUGCCCAUAAGGGAUCGACAAAAGCGUACUCCAAAGCUGGUCAUUUUGUCGCAUCUUUUGCCUCUGCUUUACCCAAUGCAAAUAGCUCAUCACCCCAAGGUAUUACAAUCCUAGAUUGUAUUUGGAAUAUGGAGAACCGUACCUACUUUGUACUUGAUGUGCUAGCUUGGAACAAUCUUGUAUUACUAGACUGUGAGACUGAAUUUAGAUUUUAUUGGCUCAAGACAAAACUUGAUGAAUUUCCUGAAGUCCAAACUCACUCUGAUAAAAACAGAAAUGCCUUCUUGGCACUUCCCUCUUAUGAGUGUCAAGAGAAUUUGAUGACUGAACUUAUGAGCCAUAAUCCUAUGUUCUUUGAGGGCAAGGACCCAGGAUUAGAUGGCUUGCUCUUUUAUCAUAAGAAAAAUUUGUAUGAACAUGGUUCUACACCAUUAGUUACAUGGAUUAAACCUUUUAUGAUGGAGGAUGUACUUGGUAUCAAGGUGCACCAGAACUACAUUGAUGAAAGACCAGCUGGGUACUGCAAUCAAGCUGGAUAUAUCAAAGAAUUUGAAGAGGCAGCCCUUGCUCGGAGAGGCAAAGGCAAAGGCAAAGGUUCUUGGCGUAGGCGAGAAGGAAAGCAGGAUGAAGAUAAAAUGGACUGUUUGGAAGAAGGCUCCUCUUCUGAUAAGAAAGGCAAAGGUUCUUGGCGUAGGAGAGGAGGAAAGCAGGAUGAAGAUAAAAUGGAUUUGGUAGAAGAAGGCUCCUGGAGGAGGAGAGAAAAGCAAGGCGGAGACAGUGAGAAAAUAGGCAGUUUAGAUGCAGACCCGUCUUCUAAAAUGGAAGAAGAAAAGUGAGUUAUUUUGGGGAGGAUGAGGCAUUUUAAUUGUGGUGUGGAAAAAAAGACUUUAUUUUUGUUACGUUUUUUAAUUAAUGAUCGAAAUAUACAAUGAAUAACAGUAAAAAUACAAUUUCAUAAGCAUAUCCAUGAGAUCAAAUGAUGAUUAAAAAAUUGAUCCAAGGUAGCACAGGAUUACUUUAAUUUAAUACAGUUUGAUAACAUUUGUGCAUGAUUACUAUUAUGAGUGAACGAGCCAGAGUUGGCUAUGUAUAUUUCAAUCAAGUUUUAAGUACUUGUUUGACCAAUGGUCAUCUCUAGAUCUAAGAGAAGAUUAGGAGAGAGCAAACAUAGCAAACCAAUCAUUGCCUAUAACACACAAGCAACAACUUGGUUGUUUGACCUACAAAACCUACCAAAAAUUAAUUUGUCAUUAUAUAUGAUGGAAAAUUCAAAAAAACAGGCUUCUUAACAUCUCUACCUCUCACUGCACGCCCGCUUGUACUGUAGAACAGACUGUAGACUUUCUGUAACAUACAACUCAAAAAUAUGUGGUUCCAAUAAUAACAGCAACCUCUCACCCUCACUAGUAACAUUCAAUAAAAACAUCUUAUAUUGCCAGAAAAUUCAACCUUAACAGUUUUGUACAGCAACUUUAACAGGCAGUUUCAUAAGCACCCUUAGUACUGCGAUUAUAAAGUUAAAAUAAUUUCUUUUUCAUUUUCAAUUACAAUGUUUUAAUGCAAAUAUCAGAACAUAUACAACCACAACUUUUAGAACCAUUCAUGACUUUCCUGAAAUAAUGACAAAUACAGAGAUGAGAAAGUGCUUACAUGGGACAAGGUGUUACCUUGCAUCAUGGGAGCUCUCUCCUCUUAUAUAAUAUACAGUGCCUGAGAAGAAGUACAUAAAAGAAGGCAAAAUUUCAAGAGAUAAAUCCUGUGACCAUCAGUGGCUGCAAUGCACAAAGUUACAAACACCGUAUGAUGUACUUUUAAAGACCCAGUUUAAAGAUGGGGUUGAAAAAGCCUUAAGGAAAAUGCAACACUGGCAUGCCAUAUAUCUGAGUUUUGGCUCAGUUGUCCAUGUUAUUACCAAAGUUUAAUAAAACUAAGGGAAAACAGCACCACUAACCAAUUGAUUGAUGUAAAACCAGCGAAAAAUGCCAGAAGCCUCGGUUCAACAAAAUAUUAAAUGCUAUCUCAAAAGUUUUUUAAAAUAUGCUAACUAAUAAAAUUUCCUAACUAAAGAAAAAUAAAUCACAGAGCUGAGCGCUUGCUGUGUUAGCAAUAAUUAGGUACUAACAAUUCGAUGUAUGAGGUGUGGACGUUUAAAGGUAAAGAUUGUGAGUUCUUUCCCCAAAAAAAGACCAUAAGUUAUGCACAGCAUUGCCCUAUUAUGCAGAUAUCAGAUCUAAUUGAAAAUGGAUUCAUCAGAAUGACUGAUGUAGCUCUAAUGCUGUCUUAAAUUUACUAAUCUAUCACAAAAAAAAAAAAAGGGAAAGAAAAAAGAAAG